UGCAGUCACUUCACAAAUGUCAAAAAGCGAAAAAAAUUCCUACAAAAUCCUCAAUUUUCUGCCUCAACGAAUUUACAAAAAUUAAAUAAAAUUCAUUUUUCUUAUAAAAUUUUAAAAUGUCAACUUAUAGAAUUGGUUCGGCUAGCCGCCUCUUAAUCCGUAGUACACUCACACAAUCAUUAAAGUUACAUGAAACGCAACAAAUCCGUCGAUUUGCCGCCUCUUCCCCCAAAUCCAAUCGAUGGGGUACACUCAAAUUGGGUUUGAUUGGAGCUGCCAUUGGAGCAGCUGCAGGAACAACAUACUCCUUAUAUUCAAAUUGGACAGAUAGAAGUUCCCAUAUGGAACAUCAACAAAUUAGAGCCAAAGUUAUUGAUGAAUUACCAAAAAUCCGAAUCACUAAAAAAUAUGUCAAUCCCAAGGACACUUCUGGGUUGGAAUUGAUUCUAUUUCAAUUCCAAACAUGUCCAUUUUGUUGCAAGGUUAGGGCUUUCUUAGAUUUUAUGGGUAUUUCGUAUUCUGUAGUUGAAGUUGAUGCAGUAUUACGUCAAGACUUGAAAUGGUCUGAAUACAAGAAAGUUCCAAUGGCUUUGGUUAGACGAAAAGAUGGCAAAUACGUUCAGUUAACCGAUUCGAGUACAAUCAUCUCGGUUCUGGCUUCGUAUAUGAUGAAUCCAAAAGAACAAGAUUGUGGUGAGAUUGUUGACUUUUAUCCAGAGAUCUCGUUCUUUGAUAACGAUAUGAAAAAGAAAACUGACGUCAUGAAUAAGUAUUUCUUGAUGUACCAGGAAAAUAAGCCACCAAAAGGUGUCACUUCAGAAGACCAAGACAAAGAACGCAAAUGGAGAAGCUGGGCUGAUUCCCAUCUCGUUCACUUGAUCUCCCCGAAUUGUUAUAGAAACCGGGCGGAAGCUUUUGAAACAUUUGAAUGGUUUUCAGAAGCUGGCGAAUGGAGUGUACAUUUCCCUAAAUGGGAAAGAGAUCUGAUGGUCUAUGCUGGUGCCACUGCAAUGUGGUUGAUUGGAGGAAUGUUGAAGAAACGUUACGGACUCUCGGAUGAUGUCCGUUCACAUAUCUAUGAGGCAUUGGACAAAUGGACCAAUGAGUUGAAAAAGAAGAAUACCAAGUUUAUGGGUGGAAAUCAACCAAAUUUGGCUGAUCUUUCAGUCUUUGGGGUGCUGAGUAGUAUGGAAGGAUGUCAAGCUUUCAAAGAUUGCCUACAGAAUACACAAAUUGGUGAAUGGUUCUAUGGAGUCAAAGAAUUGGUAGUCAAAAACCGAGGACAACUAAUAAGAGAGAGAGUUGAAGGAAAGCUACCAAUCGAACAGAGAAUCAAUUUAAAUGCAUAAAUCUUCUACAACGAAUGUAAAAAUCUACAAAAUUUAUUAAAUUAGUUUUUAAGUUGCAAAUUUUUAAAAAGUUUUUAUUUAUUCGAAGUACUUUUGUCAAAUUGGCCACUAUUCGAAUUCGAGAAUUGAAGCCGUAGAAAUACUUGACGUGCAAUACGGACUUAAUUUUUGUUUGUUAAUAGCAAUAAAAUAUUUUAUACUUAUUUAAAUCACCUUAAAUAUUAUACAAUUUUGAUUUCUUCAAAAAUAA